GGUUCCCAUGCGAAAGAGUUGAGGUGACGUGUCUCCUAUUUUCCAGUUUCCCGGCGGUGGUUUUGCAACAUGAAUGCAUUUAAACGCGAGAAAAAGGAGGAAGAAGACGUUCUUUGUAAACAGGUUUAGACGGCUACUUGUCGCGGAACAUCAGUUUUCUUCAAUGAAUUCUUUUAUUUCACGUGGGGGAAACCCUUUCGAGAAUCUGGAAAAGACGACGGUCCUCCAGGAAGCUCGUACCUUCAACGAUACCCCGGUUAAUCCAAGAAAAUGCGCGCACAUUCUGACGAAAAUUUUGUACCUAUUGAAUCAAGGGGAGCAGUUGGGUACAAUGGAGGCUACAGAGGCAUUCUUUGCCAUGACCAAACUGUUCCAAUCUCGAGAUGUCGUUCUAAGACGAUUGGUCUACUUGGGCAUCAAGGAACUCAGUUCCUUAGCUGAAGAUGUGAUCAUAGUCACCUCCAGUCUGACCAAAGAUAUGACUGGAAAGGAAGAUCUAUAUAGAGCUGCUGCGAUAAGAGCAUUAUGUACCAUUACAGAUGGUGGAAUGCUAGUAGCUAUUGAACGUUACAUGAAGCAGGCUAUUGUAGAUCGUUCCCCUGCCGUGUCCAGUGCAGCCUUAGUUUCCUCUUUACAUUUGACAAAUGUAUCUGGGGAUGUUGCACGUAGAUGGGCAAAUGAGGCUCAGGAAGCGUUGAAUUCUAACAAUGUAAUGGUGCAGUACCAUGCUCUUGGUGUACUGUACCAAGCACGCAAGACAGACAAGCAUGCUGUAAUCAAGUUAGUUGCAAAGCUUAUGAGAACAAGUCCGAAAAGCCCUUAUGCAGCAUGCAUGUUAAUUAGAAUGGCAUGUAAAUUGUUAGAUGAAGUUGACGAAAGGGAAGAGCUGUUGAGUUUUAUCGAAGUUUGUUUACGUCAUAAAUCGGAGAUGGUCGUGUACGAAGCAGCGCAUGCUCUGGUCAAUCUUGGAAGAAACGGCCGAGAGAUAACACCUGCUAUUAGCGUCCUUCAAUUAUUUUGUGGCUCUCAAAAACUCGUCCUAAGAUUUGCCGCCGUUAGAACCUUGAAUAAAGUUGCCAUGACUCAUCCAGCAUCGGUUACAACUUGCAAUUUAGAUUUAGAAAACUUAAUUACCGAUUCGAACAGAUCCAUUGCCACGUUAGCAAUUACCACCUUGUUGAAAACUGGAGCAGAAAGUUCGGUAGAUCGGCUGAUGAAGCAAAUUGCUACUUUUGUGUCCGAAAUUUCGGACGAAUUCAAGGUCGUAGUCGUGCAAGCUAUAAGAGCUUUGUGUCAAAAGUUCCCGCGGAAACAUGCAGUUCUGAUGAACUUCCUUUCCGCCAUGCUAAGAGACGAAGGAGGACUGGAAUACAAAGCAGCAAUUGUAGAUACGAUCAUUGCCGUGAUGGAAGGAAAUGGCGAGGCGAAAGAAGCCGGUUUGGCCCAUCUCUGCGAAUUCAUCGAAGACUGCGAGCAUAUUUCCCUCGCUGUUCGCAUUCUUCAUUUACUCGGUCAGGAAGGACCAACGUCGAAACAACCAUCUCGAUAUAUUCGUUUCAUUUAUAAUCGUGUGAUUUUGGAAAGCGCCAGUGUACGUGCGGCAGCAGUCACCGCGUUAGCACGUUUCGCCGCAGCAUGUCCGCCGUUACUUCCAAACGUAUUGGUACUUUUGUCCCGUUGUCAAUUGGAUUCCGACGAUGAAGUCCGUGAUCGGGCAGUGUACUAUUGCGCUAUUCUUCAACAACAAAUCGAUCCAAGCGUUCUACCUUUGGUACAACCUCCUCUUCUAUCUGUACCCAGUUUAGAAAGAGCUUUGCGAAAUUACAUGCGAACAUCAAUGGACGAGCCGUUCGAUAUCUCGCAGAUUCCACCAGCUCAAACUAUCGAAGAACCAGCGCAAGUGGAAGUACAUACUACCGUGAAGCCACAACAACCUCGUUUGACACGAGAAGAAAGCUUUAUGGAAAAAUUGACCCAAAUACCACACUUGGCAAUGAUUAUUCGCGACUCUUCGAUUCUCAAGUCUUCGCCUGUCUUCGAAUUAACAGAAUCAGAAACAGAAUACAAUGUUAAAUGUAUCAAGCAUACAUUCGCGGACCUUCUUGUUUUACAAUUCGAUUGCAUGAACACACUUUCCGAUCAGUUACUCGAAGAUGUGAAAGUAGCAAUAGAGCCACCCGAGGGCUAUUCGAUUGUGUGCGAAGUUCCAUGCCCACGUCUACCAUACAACGAGCCAGGCACAACUUACAUAGUAUUAAGAUAUCCAGUAGACGUACAUGCUAGUGUCGCUACUAUUCCUGCAACAUUGAGAUUCAUGGCUCGCGAUUGCGAUCCUGUGACAGGUGUGCCAGAUGCCGAUCAAGGAUAUAACGACGAAUAUAUGUUGGAGGAUUUGGAAGUGACUUUGGCUGAUCAAGUUCGGGGUAUUGGAAAUAGAGGAAUAAACUUUGGCGAUGCAUGGGUAGCAGCCGCUGCGAAAGGAUUUACGAAAUUGGAAGAAACGUUCGCUUUGGGUCCGUCGGUGACUAGUUUAGAAGGAGCAAUUACAAGUUUGACAGGAUUCUUAGGCUUGGAUGCUGUAGAGCGAACGAAUCGAGUACCAUGCGGCACAGCCGCGCACAAUUUGUUGUUGAGCGGCAUUUUUAGGGGAGGAAAAGAAGUUCUUGCGCGUGCAAGAUUAGCGUUAUCGGGUAAUCAAGUAACGAUGCAGCUUUCCGUUUUAUGUCAAGAUCCGGACGUUGCCGAAUUAAUUAUUUCCUCUGUAGGAUAG